CUUCUUGUUCUACCACAACAAGCAAACGUCGCCCCUAAAUCAACACAACAACAAGCAUUCUGCUUAGAAAACUUAUUUUCUACAUAGUAAUGCAGUCUGUAAUUUAAAUGCUGCUUAUCGUGGGACACUGCAGCAGCACCAAAGGUCUGGAACUGACCUGGUAAACUUUACGAACAUAGCGACGCAUCAAUAGUGGACAUUACUACUCAUUCCAGGAUCGGAAAGACCUGUCAGGAAAGCACAGCACCGCAAUAACGCUGCUUUAUCGUGACUUACACGGGAAUUGUAGCGUGCAGGGAUGGCUGCACUACCUCCUGGAGUUGCGGAAAUUCCUACAACCAUCAAUCCUCGCAGGAAGACACUAGCGUCGGCAGUGUCCGGUAUCAUACAGGAGACUGGCUUCCUCCACGCUGAAAAGGCCGCCUUGGGCACACUGACGGAGAUGCUCCAGAGCUUAAUAUAUGAGAUUGGUCGUAGCAGUAAAGCAUACAGUGAACAGGCAUAUCGAACAGAGCCUGUUGUUGCUGAUGUGGUUAUGGCCCUGGUAGAUAUGGGCAUUAAUCUUGAGGGCUUACAAGCAUUUAGGCUACGUCCAAAUAGAGUAGUUAUUGCUGCUCCAGCUCAGCAGGUUGAUCUGAAGCAACACAAUGUGCUGCAAGUAGGAGACAAAAAGUCACACCCACAGCACAUCCCUGAUCAUCUUCCACCGUUUCCUGAUACUCACACUUACUGCUUCUCACACACGUACAAGCAACCAGUGACAGAAUAUGAAGCUAUCCGUGAAAAGGCUGCUGCUCAGAAGAGAGACAUAGAAAGGGCAUUAACGAAAUUUGCUGCCAAAACCAGUGAAACGCAGAAUCUCUUUUUCACAGAUGACAAGGAAUUUAUGUUGGUAGGAGUGACACCGAAUCCUAAGGCAUACCUAGAUGCCUUGAUGCCCAGAGACCAGGUGUUUGAAGAAGAGGAGGAGAGAACAAGAACAAAGAAGCGAAGAAUAAUGAAUGAGGAUGGGGAUCCAAAUCAGGAAAAAGAUCGAAUGACAGAGGCACAGGAAGCAGAGUUGGAUAACCCAUACCUCAGACCAGUCAAGAUGCCCCGUAAGCCUAAAAUCAAGAAAUGAAUGGUGGUAUCCACAUGUUUAUUAAUAGUCUUUAUUUUGCACUGUAGAUCAUCAAAAUCAAAGUAAUUUCCUAUGGCUCUGCCAACUUUAGAAAUAUUUAAUUUGUUAGAUGUUAGCUAUAAGCACAAUGAUUUUUCAAAUCACAUAAAAUAAUUAUUUUUAAUGAUUCCGCCUUAUGGUUGUGAUGGAAGGCACAAGGGAAGGGAAGGGAACUAUCAGGGGGGAAAGCGCCAAGCCAUUACGACUAUAUAGAAGGCACAAGGAAAAGUUUAAUUUUUGUUUAUCUUGCUUUGGAUAUUAUUGUUUUUUUUUUUUUAUUAUCAGGGGAAGGUGCCAAGCCAUUACAACUUUAUAGCACUUGAAAAGGGUUAAGAUAAGGAUUUGGAAUAGAAUUGGGGGGGGGGGGGAGAGAAGGAAGGAAGGAAUGGUGCCCAACCACUUGGACAGUCUGGAAUUGAACACCGGCCUGCACGAAGCUAGACCGUCCAGUCAAAGUUGGCUUUGGAAUUUUUUAAAUAUAAAACUUUAAAUGAGAAUUACAAAUCUUAGACAACUGUUUUAGUCGAGAUAGCACUAUAAUGGAGUUUACUAAACUCGGUAUUGGUGUAAGUACAGUGGAACUUUGAUUAACGAAUUUAAUCCGUUCCGGCACCGAGCUCGUCAUGUGAAAUACUCGUCUUUCAAAAUGAAUUUCCCUACUUAAAAUAUUGGAAAUAAAAAUAAUCGGUUCCACCACCACUGAAAAACAUCAAUAUGAUAUUCAAUUUUUUAAAUAAUGAAGCAGCCUACCUGGAACACACUGAACGAAUCUUUUUGACAUUUGUUCUUUCUUCAAAUUUUUUCAUUUUUUUUUAUUCUACAAAAAAAAUUCAAUGCUUUGCAACAUCACAGCAGUCACCCCCUUUACAUCUUGGCAACCUUAAACAAAAUAUAUAAUUUAUUUGCAUCGUCAGAGGCGUCCGAGAAUGUGCUAGAAGCAGCGGGCACGCACCAUGUGGUUUUCUCAUCAAUUUGUCCAAUCGAGACAAAUUGUUGGCAAUUGGCGCGCUCGUUAUUCAAAAUGCUCGUAAAUUGAGGUGCUCAUCACUCGUGGUUCCACUGUAUACAAUACUAAGAGUAUUGAAAAUAUGAAAACUUUGAGGGUUAACCUGUUUAUUAUUUAGUUAAGUGAAAUGCAACAAUGUGAUAAUUUACGUUUGUGUCGACAUUUUAAUAGAUUUCAAUGAAUACAGUUUCUUCAUUAAAACAGUGUUUGAAUGAAGAAAUGUUGGGCAUAUGGUUCCAAUAGCUCAUUGGUAAUUAGAAAAUAUUGAGAGCCAUGCAAUGGGAUUGAACUCACAUCCCUGAAGCUCAUUGGUGUGUCUCAGCAAUCAUGGCAGACCACAAAAUAAUUUAGUCAAGACAGUUAAGCUUUUCGUCUUUCACGAGCGUACAGAGUACAGUAAUGACCAUAGCACUUACCUGGGCCAACAACAUAAUGUAAAAGAUUAUUGUGGUACUGUAUUACUUUUGCAUAGAUAAUACAUUUUUUUAACAUUUCAUAUGAAAAAUAUUUAUUUGAUAAGUUUUGUUUGAUCCUGGAUGCAUCACAAUGUAAUUCUAACAAUUCUAGAAAAAAAGUUUUGACCACUGCCCAGGCCAAAGUAAAGGCACAUUACUUUUUCUCCCAUUCUUUUGAAUAUAGAUGUACCAUUUCAUACAAAUAAGUAAAAUAAUUAUCUAUUUUUCUGCUCAGUCAGGGGUGGCAAUUUUGAUGAUAGCGGCACUUUUAAGUGCGUUCCAGUGCCGGUUUUUAAAAAGGUUAAAUACUGGUGUGGUUGUACUCAAUAAUUUAACAAAUUGUCAGGCUCAUUAUGACUUAUUUUAGAAACAAAAAUUUGUAAUAUUUUAACAGAAUAUAUUGGAGACAAUCCAGUGUUGCAUUUUCUCCCUUCUUGUACAUUGUUGAAAAUUAUUGAAAAGAUUUAUAUUUGAUACAAAAUCGA